AUGGAUUAUGAAGACAAAGCCAAAGCAGUGGCUGACUGCUUGAUGGGCUACAUGAGGGACGAUUCCGGGUGGAAGGUCUGCAAGAAGUCGAAUGAUGUGCUUGUGUCUUGGCGUCCCUCAACAGAGUUCCAUGGCAAUGUUUAUAAGGGCGAAGGGAUUAUCAAUGGCUGUCCUGAUAAAGUAUGGGAAUGUCUGAAACCUGUACCCAAUGGACUCAGAGUCAAAUGGGACAACAAUGUGAAAAGGUUUGAGCUUCUGGAACAGAUCACAAAGGACAUCUCCAUCUGCCGAACUGUCACGCCCUCAGCAGCUAUGGGUAUGAUAGCUCCACGAGACUUUGUAGAUGUUAUUUUAGUAAAGAAAUACGAAGAUGGCACCAUUUCAUCAAAUGCUACCAAUGUGAGUCAUCCUAGCUGUCCUCCCCACUCUGGCUAUGUGAGAGGAUUCAACCAUCCAUGUGGCUGCAUUUGUGUUCCCAUUUCGGGAGAGCCCAACAAAACCAAGGUGUUCAGUUUCUUCCAGACAGACCUGGGCGGCUUACUUCCUCGCUCUGUGGUUGACUCGUUCUUUCCGUCCAGCAUGGCAGAGUUCUACAGCAACUUGACCAAGUCUGCUAAAUCCCUAAAGGAUUUUUGA